UGCCACUGGCGUCAGAUAGCGGCAUAGUGAUAUUUACCGCUGGCGGGGGGGGGGUUACUCCAACGUGAUUAGGUGGGCAUAUUUGGUAUUGGAUACAGGAUGGCAGGGAGGCAUUAUCAUAAUCAGAGGGAGGAAAAAAUUGUUCCCGUUGGAGUACCCAGAGGUGGGCAAAGUAAGAGCUGGUGCUCCACUAACAGUGAUGAAGAGACAUAGAUCCUGGGGGGACAGGGAGCUCCUGGGAAGCAACACGGAGGACAACACAGACAACAGUGAACAGGAUGAGUCCUUGUCUCUGAGGUCGUCUUGGUCCCUGGCGGACACCAUGAACUACGUAGGCCAGCUGGCAGGUCAGGUGCUGGUCACCGUCAAAGAACUGUACAAGGGCAUAAAUCAGGCCACAUUGUCAGGUUGCAUCGAUGUUGUGGUUGUCCGCCAGAGAGAUGGCACUUACCAGUGCUCACCAUUCCAUGUGCGCUUUGGCAAGCUGGGUGUACUUCGCUCUAAAGAGAAAGUGAUCGACAUCGAAGUGAACGGAGAGCCAGUAGAGCUGCACAUGAAGCUUGGUGACAAUGGAGAGGCCUUUUUUGUCCAGGAAUCCGAGCAGCUGAAUCAGAUCGUCCCUGCCCAUCUGGCCACCUCCCCAAUCCCCACCGAGAGUCACUUGUUCUGGAUCUCAGAGGUUGAGCACAGGGCGGCAAAAGAUCUGGAGGAUGACCCCGCUGACCCAGAGGAGCCUCCCGCUCCGAGCACCACAGCUACAAAAAAGAAGAAGAGACGGAGGAAGAAGCACAAAGGAGACCCGCGAAGAGAGGAGCUGACCCCGCCCAUGUCCGUCACUACUGGUAACGCUAUUGCUGCUAACGCACCGGCUGCUACGACUGCUGCUAUGUCCAACACUGGGCAAAACGAAGAGAUCUUUGAGAUGGACUUGAGCUCUGACGAGGAAGCCACAGCACGUGUCUCAAGGUCACCUUCAGCGACUACGAUGAGAGACGUUGACCCCAAAUUACCCGCAGCCAGACACAACCUUGAUGGCUAUCCACUGUCUGAUGGUGACUGGCCGGCAGAUGAUAGCCACGGCUUGUCUCAGGCCUUUUCUCCAAAGAGUGAUUCUGAACUGGUGGUCAGGCCCUCAGAGAGUUUGCUCAGAGCUGAGUCCCACAUGCAGUGGACCUGGGGAGAGUUUCCAGAAACAACUAGGGUCACCAAAAAAGAGAAACCAGAACUACUAAAAACAGUGACCAUCACCCCAUCAGAGAGCACCCACUUCCGCGUCAUCCUCAGCUCUGAGGCCAUGGAGAACGAGACUGAGAAUGAAAAAGAAGAUGGUGCCACCUCCUCUGUGUGUACCAUUGUCAAGCCCGAGCCACGCACCCCUAUCACUGUAGCACAUCUGAGUCCUUGCGCAUCUGUCAGCACCAUAAGCUCUGUCAGCCCUGUGACCCCCACAGAGCCCCAGGAUGUCCUGCCAUCCAGUGUGGCAACCUCCACCCCUUCUAACAACCAACAGAGCGAUUCACCCUCUAAGAAGAAAGGUGUCCCAAAGAGGAGCCAGCAUCAGGGUCCUGAGGAUAUCUACCUAGAUGACCUGAAUGUACUUGAACCUGAUGUUGCUGCACGAUAUUUUCCUAAGAGUGAGUCUGAGGCAGCGACUAAGCACUGGAUGGACUCAGAGAUGCACUCUGGUUCACAGUCUCCACAGUCGGUGGGCAGUGCAGCAGCUGACAGCGGGACAGAGUGUCUUUCUGACUCAGCUAGCGACCUCCCUGACGUCACUCUUUCUCUGUGUGGAGGCCUGACAGAAAAUGCUGAAAUAUCCAAAGAAAGGUUCAUGGAGCAUAUCAUCACCUAUCAUGAAUUUGCUGAAAAUCCAGCAAUUAUAGAUAACCCCAACCUGGUAGUAAAGAUAGGAAACAGAUAUUAUAAUUGGACUCUAGCUGCACCCUUGAUUCUAAGUCUACAAGCAUUUCAGAAGAAUUUACCAAAGGCUACAGAGGAGGCCUGGGUGAAAGAGAAAAUGCCAAAGAAGUCAGGCCGUUGGUGGUUCUGGCGGAAAAGAGCGGAUAGUACAAUCAAGCAGUCGGAGACCAAGCUUGAAACCAAGGAAGAGUCUCAUCUGGAAGAGGAAGGACCCUCCAUUUCUCAGGAGAAACUGCCUUUGCCGCCUAAAGCAGGAGAUUCAUCAAGUGACGAAGAGGCCAAGGAGGUGAGCGCUGUGAGCUGUCAGGAGAGACUGCAGCCGAUAGAUGGCCAGCACCACCCCAGCCCACACACUUACAGGAAGUCACUACGCCUCUCCUCUGAUCAGAUAGCCAGUCUGAAGCUAAAGGAGGGACCUAACGAUGUGACAUUUAGCAUCACCACCCAAUACCAGGGCACGUGCCGCUGCGAGGGCACCAUUUACCUUUGGAACUGGGAUGACAAAGUCAUUAUCUCUGACAUCGAUGGCACCAUCACCAAGUCUGAUGUGUUUGGACAAAUCCUGCCACAGCUGGGGAAGGACUGGACCCACCAGGGAAUUGCCAAGCUCUACCACUCAGUAGCUGAGAAUGGCUACAAGUUCUUGUAUUGCUCAGCGCGGGCUAUUGGCAUGGCGGACAUGACGAGAGGUUACCUGCAGUGGGUCAAUGAUGGAGGCACCAUUCUACCCCCGGGACCUCUCAUGCUGUCUCCCAGCAGCCUCUUCUCUGCCUUCCACAGGGAGGUAAUUGAGAAGAAACCAGAGAUCUUCAAGAUUGAAUGCCUUACAGAUAUUAAGAACCUGUUCCAGCAUAACAAGCAGCCAUUCUACGCCGCCUUUGGAAAUAGAACAAAUGAUGUGUUUGCCUAUAAGGAGGUGGGAGUCCCAGUGUGUAGGAUUUUUACAGUCAAUCCCAAGGGAGAGCUGAUCCAGGAACAGACCAAGGGCAACAAGUCCUCAUACAGCAGGCUUAGUGAGCUGGUGGAGCAUGUGUUCCCUCUGCUGAGUAAAGAGCAGAACGAGGCAUUUGUCAUGCCCGAGUACAGCUCGUUCUGUUACUGGAGACAGCCCAUACCGGUCAUCAACCCUGAUGAUCUGCUCUGAUCCAGCACAUAUGGAUACCAAGGUAUUCAUAUACAUGCAGCUGGACUGUGCACUUAAAUGCAUCUCCAGGAAACACAUGGACUGGAACCCUAAACCUUCCUAUUUAGUACUCAGACACGCACACACUAAACUCUACAAUGAAUGUGGCAUCUCCAGAACAGUAAAUCCUGGUGAAUAACCCUUGAAAACGUUCAUCCCUGGGAGAAAAGAGACUAAUCAACAACUAAAUCAUCAUCUUUCCCUGUGCCUGUUAAGGCAUCCUAACCCACAGAGCACUCUUUUAGUCCCCAUCACAGUACGGGGAUAAAGGCCUGAGACCCAUCUUUUCUCUCUGUAACUUCUAGCUAACAGGAUGGUCUGUAUUUGCCAUCAGGAAGGCAACUGAAGCUGCACACGAGGCAUUAGCCCUCGAAGGAAAAGACAAUUGUUUUCUGAACGCCCUGAAGAAGCAAAAUUAAAUGUUGAAAGAAAAAAAGACAUGCUGUUAAUUAAAAAAUGAGAACCACUAGUCAUGUGCUGGUAAUAUCUUGCUGUGGCUGCUAUGUUUGCCUAGAUGCAGGUAUCCAGCUUUGAUUUGGAGGCUUUAUUCUGUUCUAAAACAUCAAGGAAAAUAGUGAUAAUGGCUGGCAAAUAACUACCACACCACCUAAGAACCAUACACAAUGGUUAGCUUCCAGAAACCUUCUGUAGAAAAGGCACCUGUAGGUUUGUUUCUGACACCUCGAGUCUGGACUGACUGUCGUCAUUGGAUCACUGAUUUCAGAUUGCCACGUUUCCCCUGGAGAGGAGAGCUCACGACGUUCGUACUGACUGAGUCGUGUUUGUUAUUGUUAAUAUUCACGGUCAUACCAGGGACUUUUGCCAACAAGUAUGUGAAGAUGCACACUUAGAUGUGACUUAAACAAAAUGAAGCAGCUUCAUGGUGUAUUGUCUUGCUAGUAUUUUAAUAUGUUUAUUCUGUUAUACAGCCUCUGGCGAAUCAAGUGUUUUGUUAACAAUGAAGUCAUUAUUUAUGAUAAUUGAAAUGUUUAAGUUAUUGAUUUCUAUCGUGAUGCCUUUGCUUGUCUGAAAAAGUAAUUUAUCACCAAUGCAAUGUGGAAGUAAUUUAAAUUGGUGUUUUGUAUGGUUGGUCACAGGUUAACACGCACUUAACUGCUAGGCCUUGUACGAUUUUUUUGUGUCUUGUAUCCCAUUUUCACUGCGAUCUGUAUUCCUUGUUUUUCAGUGAAACUUUAAACAUGGAAGGUUCAUACACAUUCCUUAGCAGACCUCAGAAUCUGGAGCUUUAGUAUUAAAAUAUGUGUGUAAGUGUAAAAGAUAACGCUUGAGUUGGAACAAAAGAAAUAAGCAGAUCUGGAGUGAGCUUAAAAUGAAGGAUUUCCGUUUGCGAGGUCCUCUGUAGGAUGACUAUGGGAUGAUGUAAGUGUGUGUGUUUGUGUGCGUGCUGCUGCUGCAGGGGUGACAGUAUUAUUCCCCCUUUUCUUAUGUUCCGUGGCUUUACCGAGACUUAUCCAACGCACUUUGUCAAGGCUGCACCCAGAGAUGUAGCUCAGAACGCCUCUCACCCACAUGCACUUCACUGAAGGUCUUCAUAGACCGUAGACCAGAGUAUGCAAUUAAUGCAAGGUGAAGAGUUCUAGUUUUACCUCUUUGUUGUGUGUGAGACCUUCUGACAUCAGACAAACCAGCUAUUCUGAUAUAUGUUCUAAGUCAUUGUUUAAAGGGGAUUGGUAUUUGUAGGUUGCAAGGCAAAAUGUACGGAUUUAAAGCAACAUUUUUAUUUUGGGGGUUGAACAGAGCUACCCCUUAGCGUGUGUGUGUGAGAGGGAGAGCGAGAGAGAAUGAGAGAUGAAGAAAAAAGACGCGAUGCCUCUGGUGAACAGAGGAAGAGCCAUUGGGUCUUGUUUGGAGAUAAACAGUAAAUACUUGAUAGUGUACAGGAAGCUUUUUCAUGCGCUUCGCUGGCUCACUGGCAUUAUCUGUGUGUGUGUGUGUGUGUGUGUGUGUGUGUGUGUGUGUGUGUGUGUGUGUUUUAGGAAAAGACUUGUGGGCAGAUGUGCCACACCACAGACAUGGACCAUAC